CGGAAAUGCGGUUUUAAUUUGCGCGGUAACCCGAGAAUGAAGGAGACACGGAGAGGAGAGCUUUGGGAAGAAGAAGAAGAAAAAAAAACAUGAGGCGGGUUUCAUUGAAACGCCAAUCGCCAUUUCAUUCUUCUUCUCCCUCUUUUCUCGAGAAAUCAGAUAUAGCAUCAUCCACAUCAACAAACACGGCUUCUAUAAUCUUUUUGCCAAAAUACUUCAUCUGGAUUUGAAGGAAAGGAAUCUUCUCUUCUGGGGCUUGGCCCCGGCAUUAUCUCCUGUCGACGUCUCUGGUUUCUUAAAAUAACUUGCAGCAUUGAGAAAAUAUUUGCAGCAUGAUUGUUGUUUGUGUUUCAUUUGGGAUUAGAAAUUUAGGAUUUCAGGAUGGCAAUUUUUGAUGAGAAAAUAUUGAGACGAAUUUGAAAGAGAAGAAAAUCGAAGGGGAAGAAGGAAGAAAGAGAAGAUUAUUUCAUAAGAAGUUAUUGCUGGAGGGGGACGUUGACGGCUCCCAGCAAGAGGAGGAACUUAUGGCAAGCUCGGUUAAUACGCCGAGCAAUUCAUCAAGUGUUUCUCCUCCUGCACCAAUUGGUUCAGAAUCAGAUCCUACCACUGCUCCUUCACCAUCUGUUAGCCCCAUCGAUGAUCCUUCACAAUCUUUAGUAGCACCAGAGCCUAGUCCUCAAAACCCUUCUCCACCAUCAACCCCAGCAGGUUCCUCUCCUCUACCUUCUCCUUCUACCUUCGGUGAUUCUAAAUCCUCUGCAACUCAACCACCAUCUAGUGAUCCUCUUCCUCCUCCGUCUCGUCAAUUUGCUGGUUCUUCUGACAAACCAUCCAAUGUUAAUUCACCCAAUAAACCUUCCGUUCCUGCAUCUCCUCUUCCGGUUGCUUCCCCUGAUUCCGGCUCAAAAUCAUCGGCGCCAUUUGUACCCACACCCCCUCCUCCCUCCUCACCCAAUCUACUUCCAAAUGCACCGCCAAUCCCUGGCCUGACACCGAUACUCCAGCUUAGCCCUCCAGGAGUUAUAACUUCUCCAUCGCGUCCGCCGCCCACUUCUGAUUCCAACCUGGAAGGCCCUUCUUCACAUUUGGCUGGAAGUGAUGAGGGGGCUGGGAUUAGUGCUAGUAAUGAAAAAGCUAUAGUUGUUGGUGUCGUCGUGGCCAGCAUCUUCAUGAUUGUGUUGAUGGUGACGGUGUUCUUCUUGAGGAGGAAAAUUAAGAGACAACCAGAGGGCUUUGCUAGCCACCAUUAUUUGCCACCGGCUAAAUUUUCCCAAAAUGCAGGCACAGGACAAUUUGGAACUGAUUCACAGCAGCCGAGCUCCAAGGGAACUAGCUUUGGAAGUCAAAAAGGCCAUAUGCAGCCUGUAGGGACACCAGAUUCAACCAUUCUAGGUGCCUCAAAAACCUUGUUUACCUAUGAAGAGUUGACGGAGAUAACAGGUGGAUUUUCUCGCCAAAAUGUUAUUGGUGAGGGUGGCUUUGGCUGUGUGUACAAGGGAUGGCUGUCGGACAGGAAAGAAGUUGCUGUUAAGCAGCUCAAGGCAGGUAGCGGACAAGGGGAACGAGAAUUCAGGGCUGAAGUAGAGAUAAUUAGUCGUGUUCAUCAUCGACAUUUGGUUUCUCUGGUGGGUUACUGCAUAUCUGAGCAGCAUAGGUUGCUCAUCUAUGAAUUUGUUCCAAAUAAAACUCUGGAGCAUCAUUUACAUGGUGAGGGACUGCCAGUGCUGGACUGGGUCAAAAGACUCAAGAUCGCUAUAGGCUCUGCAAAGGGUUUGGCAUAUUUGCAUGAAGAUU